AUGCUUCGCGGCGCAAAAACUUCAUUGGUUAAGAAAAAGAAUAGCAUUAAAAGAACUUUAAGUAAAGAUGGUUUAAAAGGAAGAUUGGGUUCGUUAAAUAAAGGGGAUACAAGAGAUAUUGCUCAAUUGGUAACUUUGGAAGAAGUACAUUUGAUAAUUAAAAGAUGUUCUGAUGAAAUAUCUGAGAGAGGUUUACAUGAAGUUGAUAUUUUUAAACCUACGCAUAUUGGUUAUCAUAUUGAUGAGGUCAGAGACCUCAUUAGUUGUUUAUUGAGAGAAAAUAGGGCUGAUUAUGAAGAUGAACUUAGAGCACAAAAUAUUCAUAAUAUCGUUGCAACAAUGAAAUGGGCUCUCAUGCAUAGCACUACCGCUUUAGUUCCGUAUCAAUUUUAUGAAGAAUUUGUAAGAUAUGAACAAGAAUGGGAUUACGAUCCAAGUAAAGGUUCCUUUAAAAAAUUCCUUUGUUAUUUACCUAAACAAAAUCAAGAGAUUCUUUGUGAAUUAUUUAAAAUUUGUGUUGAAGUCACCGAAGAAUCUGAUACAAAUAACAUGUCAGUACAAAAAAUAGUAAAAUCAUUAGCACUUUGUAUAUUAGGUGAUAAUAAAAAUUAUAAUAGAAAUUUCAAUUCUGCCUAUGCUGAAUGGAGAAAAUGUUCAAACGCAUGUCUUCACCUUUUUCUCGCUUAUCUUCGUGAAAAAGCGAUUAAUCAACCACUUAAUUCAAGAUUAACAAUUUUAUUAGAUAAUUAUGUUGAAUAUCGUAAACUUUCUGUUACUUCGGAUUAUUUUGAACAUCCAUUACCUGAUUCAACAGUUAAAAACUUAUCACCAAAUAAUGAUAAUAACUUAAAAUCUGUUGAUUUUUCAUCCAUUGAAUCACGUCCCGUGAGCAUAUUAAAAGUCACAAGACAAGUUCCGACUACUUCCGGAUUAGCAAAUCGACAAAGAAAAUUUUCUAAUUUAUUACCUGAUGUAAUGGAUAGUUUAAAACGUAAAACAAUUAUUCGUCCUAAUACAUUGAUGUCUAUUGAUGAACAACAAAGUGCCGAAAAAAUUUGGACGAAAUUUCAAAAUGAUGGAGUUGGUGCUUUAUCGGAUGAUUAUUUGAAUUUAUAUCUUUCGGUUGAAGAAAAUACUCGUAAUUCGAUGAUGAAUGAAGCACAAUGGAAUCAAUUUUCAAGAAAAGGAUUUAAGAGUCUUUAUUUAGAUUUACCAGAUGUUGGAAUGAUAGAAAAUAAUACAAGUAAUGAAGGUCAGGAAGUUAAUCUGACAAGGAAUGAUUCAGGAGUUUCUAUGAGACAAACAAUAGUAUGGGAUGAAUUUCCUUCAGCAGAAUUUGAGGAUAAUGUUGAUAAUAAUGUAUCAAGUAUUUCUUUACCAAUAAUAGAAAUAACAGAAGCUAUUAAUAAUUAUAUAAAGAAAAAAACGAAAUUAGUUAAAUUUAAAUCAAUCAAAAAACCAAGAUCAAAAUCACUUGAUGAAACAUUAGUAGGAAAUGAAAAUUUGGAAGAAAAUUUGAAAGAUUGGGAUAUAGUUGAUAGUACUCAAGAUUUACCUAUCACCACACAUUUAUCUAUUGAAACAAUUGAUGAAAUAUUUCCAUAUGUUUGGAUGGAAACUACAGCCUCAGAACAACACGAUAGAUGGGGAGAUUGGGUUUUUAUAGAACCACGAAAAGGAUUAGUACAUGAAUGUGAAUGGGUAAUGUUAGAAGAGAAAGAACAAGUAUUUUCUGAAUGGGAAGUUGAUAAAAAGUAUUUAAAAAGAAGAAAAAUGAAGGGAGUAAGCGCUUUUAGUAAUUUUAGUAUACCUUGGGUAAGAGGAAGAAAAGGAAAAUCUCGACCCGUUAGUAAAGCUAGUACAAUUGGUUCUAAAUCUCGAGAAGAAACAUAUUGGGAUAAUGAACAAGAACAUUUAGAUGAUGAAUCUUAUAUUGAAGAAAAUCAAAAUUUUAAUAAUUCAGAAGGAUAUAUUUAUGAUAUUGUUGAAGAAGAUGAGAUUCAAGAACAACAACAAAACGAUAGAAAUUCAAAUUCAGAAAUAAUAACACCAAAAAUUGAUAUUAAAGGAAAAGGAAAAAGUGUGGAUAAUUAUAAUUAUAAUUAUAGACCAUAUACUACUAGCAUUCAAGUAUAG